CGAUCCGCCCAUUUCACCUGACUCUCGGGUCGCUGCCGCGUUAGUUCCCCGGCACCGAGCGACUGUCACGGUCCACGUUUCUUCCUCAGCUCCAACUUGAUCCCACCGCUGUCAUGCCUCGGGGAAGCCGCAGUGCGGCUGCCAGGCCGGCCAGCCGCCCAGCCCCCCCUCCUGCGCACCCACCACCCUCAGCGGCCGCCCCCGCCCCGGCCGCUUCGGGCCAGCCGGGUCUUAUGGCUCAGAUGGCAUCCACCGCCGCAGGCGUAGCCGUGGGCUCAGCUGUAGGGCAUGUCAUGGGUAGCGCCCUGACCGGUGCCUUCAGUGGGGGAAGCUCAGAGCCUGCCCAGCCCGCUGUCCAGCAGGCCCCUGCCCGUUCUGCCUCUCACCCGCUGCAGAUGGGGCCCUGCUCCUAUGAGAUCAAACAGUUCCUGGACUGCUCCACCACUCAGAGCGACCUCACCCUGUGUGAGGGCUUCAGCGAGGCCCUCAAACAGUGCAAGUACAAUCACGGUCUGAGCUCCCUGCCCUGAAGAGGCUGUGGGCUUGCUCAUUGCCUGACCCCUCGCCGACAGCCUGAUGGAAAGGAGAUGGUCCUUGUGACCCGGAGGAAGGACAAUUCUCACCCCACAGACUCAUAAAUGUUCAAUUAAAGAGUUUACUUUAGAC